UGGAUAAGAUGUUAGAACAGGUGGCAGGUUUUCAAGCUUUACUUCAACAAUCAUUAAUUUUAGGGAGUCUAAAGCAAAAAAUCCUGGAAAACAUGGAGGUGACGUCUGACUGGGAGAAGCAGCUCCUUAUUGAGACCUAUUUGGAGCCUCUAACAAGCAGGACGAGUCCUGCAGAGGAUUCAGAGCUCAGUGAAGAUGACUGCAGUGUGGACGGCCUGCUGCUCCACCAGGAGACCUGCAGCAUGUCAGCAUAUGAAAACAAUACCAGACGUACGGCCAGAAAGAAGCUCCUCAUCGCAUGUGGUGUCAGCCUCGUGUUUAUGACUGGAGAGGUGAUUGGUGGGUACUGGGCACACAGUCUGGCCAUCAUGACAGACGCUGCUCAUCUUCUGACUGAUUUCUGCAGCAUUGUGAUCAGCAUCGUCUCCCUGGUGAUUUCUUCCAGGCCUCAAACUCAAACCAUGACCUUUGGGUGGCAUCGAGCAGAGAUUCUGGGAAUGUUUCUCUCCAUUGUGUCGAUCUGGGUUGUGACUGCAGUUCUGGUCAUGUCUGCAGUCCAGAGGAUCACUGACGGAGACUACGAUAUCGACAGUCAGAUCAUGCUCAUAACUUCAGGCUGUGCUGUGCUCGUCAACAUCCUGAUGAUCCUGAUUCUUCAUCAGUCUGGCACCUCGCAUGGUCACAGCCAUGGGAUCCCAUCAGUGCAGGGGGAUAAACAUAGCCUGGAUCGUCACCGUGGCAAUGCGAGCGUGAAGGCGGCCUUCAUCCACGUGUUGGGUGACCUGCUGCAGAGCGCCGGUGUCCUGCUGGCUGCAACCAUCAUCCACAUUUGGCCUGAGUAUAAAGUGGCAGAUCCGGUUUGCACCUUCCUGUUCUCUGUCCUUGUUAUUGGGACGACGCUUCCCAUCACAAAGGACGUGUUCAGGAUACUGAUGGAAGGUGCUCCUCAGGACGUCACCUCGGGGGCUGUUAGAGAGCAGCUGCUGUCCUUUGGAAAAGUUAAGGCUGUUAACAGUUUGCACACAUGGAGCCUCAACAUGAAUCAUUCCCUGCUGGCUGCACACAUCACCAUAGAAGAAGAUGCAGAUUCACAGAUCAUCCUCAGGAAGGCAACAAAACUCCUUCGUUCCAAGUUUGGUUUCUCCAGCAUCACGAUUCAGGUGGAGCAACGCAGGACUUCUGCUGCACCAUGAAUCUGAUCGACUGCUCCCACGGUGGCAACGAUCCACAGCUGGUUAGAAAAGUGGAAAGACUAUCGUUACUGCAGCGAUGCUGAGUUCAUGAGGAGCAGUCAGGAGUGUCAUCAAUUUAAGGCUUUUAAUGAUUCAUUUGAACCAGCUUUGUUCCAGGAAGGAAUGAUUAAGAUUUUUAAAGGGGCUUAGAUGGAAUAAAAGCAAUAAAAUCAAAUAAAUACUU